AUUCCUCCGCACCUGACACCAAUGAUGGGGCACUUAUUCCACUCACUGACACCAUUGAUGGGGCACUAUUCCUCCCACUGACACCAAUGAUGGGACACUAUUCUCCCACUGACACCAAUGAUGGGGGCACUAUUCCACUCACUGACAUCAAUGAUGGGGGCACUAUUCCACUCACUGACACCAAUGAUGGGGCACUAUUCUCCCACUGACACCAAUGAUGUAAAUUUUUUUACUUCACUGACCAACAAGCCUAUGGCAUGGUUUACUUCCUACCAAUCCCAGGGCAUUUUCUACUCUCCACUGGCCAUACCAUUGCUGGGG